AUGUCAGGCAAGCCAGCCGCCGCCGCCGAUGCCGGCCUCGAGUACACCAACAUCGAUGACAUCCCACAGAUCGUCAGCGACCUUCGUGCCGCCUUCUUGACCGGCAAGACGCGUUCCAUCGAGUACCGAAAGAACCAGCUCAAGCAGCUCGCCUACAUGCUCAAAGACCACAAGGACGACUUUGUCGAGUCGCUCAAGAAGGACCUUGGCCGUUCGCGCUUCGAGUCCAUCUUCGCCGAGCUUAUGGGCACCACCAACGAGAUCGUCGAGGCUGUUGCCAAGCUUGACAAGUGGGCUAAGCCCACCAAGCCCUGGGCCGGCGUCGCCUGGGCUGCGCACGGCGCAAAGAUCCGCUCCGAGCCCAAGGGUACCGUCUUGGUCCUCGGCGCUUGGAACUACCCGAUCACUGUCCAGAUCGGUCCUGUCGUCGGUGCCAUCGCUGCCGGUAACACCGUCAUCCUCAAGCCUUCCGAGGUGGCUGGCCACACCGCAAAGCUGAUCGCCAAGCUGUGGAACAAGUACCUCGAUCCCGAGUGCUACCGUAUCGUCAACGGCGGUAUCCCAGAGACCACCGCUGUUCUCGACCAGCGCUUCGAGCACAUCUUCUACACCGGUAACGGCACCGUCGGCCGCAUCAUCGCCGAGAAGGCUGCCAAGUGGCUCUGCCCCGUCACGCUCGAGCUCGGUGGCAAGUCGCCCGUCUACGUUGACAAGAGCGCCGACCUCAGCAUCGCCGCUCACCGUAUCCUAUGGGGCAAGUCGUUCAACUGCGGUCAGACCUGCAUUGCCCCCGACUACGUGCUCAUCGCUCCCGAGCUGCAGGACAAGUUCAUCGCCGAGCUCAGGAAGGCGUACGAGCGCUUCUUCCCCAAGGGCAAGGGCGGUGUCGAGGAGUCGGCCAGCUACGCCCGCAUCAUCAACCCUGGUCACUGGAAGCGCCUCGACGCCAUGCUCGGCGGUACCAAGGGCAAGAUCGUGCUUGGCGGCGAGGGUGAUGAGAACUCCAAGUUCCUUCCUCCCACUGUCGUAGCCAAUGUCAAGCCCAAUGACCCUCUCAUGACCGGCGAGAUUUUCGGUCCUAUCCUCCCCAUCAUGUCUGUCAGGAAUGUCAAGGAGGCCGUCGACUUUAUCAACUCGCGCGACCAGCCCCUCUCGCUCUACCUCUUUGCCGGCGACAGCAAGGUCAAGGACUUCUUCUUUGACAACACUCGCUCCGGUGCCUGCGUGCAGGGUGACACGCUGCUUCACUUUGCCGUCGAUGCUCUGCCCUUCGGUGGUACUGGUCCUUCCGGCUACGGUAACUACCAUGGCAAGGCCUCGUUCGACCAGUUCAGCCACCAGCGUGCCAGCCUGGAUGCCCCCUCGACCGGUCUUCUCGGCAAGAUCAUCGAGCUCGUCAUGUCUUCGCGAUACCCACCGUACACGGAGGCCAACCUGAAGAAGAUGAGCGCGCUCGCCGAGUACUCGAUGACCUUCAAGCGUCCCUCCAACCCACACAGCAGCAUAACCAAGUCAUCAUCGGUCGGAAAAGUUGUGACGAAGCGACUUGCCAUUCUGGUUCUGCUCCUCUCGAUCGUCUUUGGCGCCCGAAACAAGGGCCUGAUCGGCUGGAUCUAA